CCUAUACUUUUUCGCGUUAAUAUUUGUUAAUAAAUUUAUCGAAAAAUUGAAUUUAGUGAAAAAUCAGUGAAGUACUGCUCAUAAAUAAAAAGUGAAUAAUAUCUGAAAAUUAAUUGUACAUUUUUUCAAAUCAAGUGUGUAUCCCAAAGAGUACUGAAUUUGCGAAAAAUUUCGUAUUUGUGAUCCUAACCUAUAAAUGCGUAAUUGUUUUGGAGAUUUUAGAACGGUUGGAUUAACCUACGAAUGCUUUUUCGACUUCAGGUGAAAAAUGCCGCCGGUGAAGAAAAUAGAUUUAAUUAAACAAGGUUGGGCAUGGACAGAAUCUAUCGAACCUCACGAGAUACAAAGGACACAUUUGGAAUCUGCUUAUAGGCUCGGAUUAAAAAACUGCACGUCUUGCAAAAGAAAUUGUUCAAAUAAUCCACAAUGCCUGACUGGUUUAGGGGAGGACAAAUACGUAAAUUCAAGUGCAACAAAACUUGAUCCUUUAGAAGAUUCUUUAAUCGAAUUGCGAGAUCCGACACAACCAGUCGGUCUUAAAAAUCUCGGAGCAACGUGCUACGUAAAUAGUUUGCUUCAAUUAUGGUUUCACAACGAAGAAAUGAGGAAAAUUAUCUACCAGUGGAAGUUGGAGGAAGACUCCGAAGAAUUAUCAAAGAUGCAUCACGCGAACGAAAAACAAGAGAAUUAUCGUCCAGAAACGGUUCUUGGACAACUGCAAUACUUAUUUGCAAUGCUUCAGUUUGGUAACCAAAGAAAUGUUGAUCCCACAAGCUUUUUCAUUUCCCUCUCCCUGGACACAAUAACUCAACAAGAUGCCCAAGAAUUUGCAAAACUUCUUCUCGCUCACGUAGAGGGAAAAUUGAAUGAGGAGUUGAAAGAGAGACUCAAAAAUGUCACCCAAGGUAGACAGAGUUACAUCAAUUGUUGUCAGACUUGUGGCACUGAAUAUCCGACGACGACGACUUUUUAUGAACUGGAUCUUCAGCUCGCUUCUACAUUGAAAGAGUCGAUUAAUAAAUAUUUAAGCGAGGAACAACUGACUGAUGCGAAUCAAUAUUUUUGCGCGGAAUGUAACGCCAAGCAGGACGCGAGACGAUUUAUUCGAUUGGAAUCACUACCUGAAAUGUUGAGUAUUCAUCUCCUGCGAUUCGUCUUUCAUCGAAAUAGUGGCCAGAAAAAGAAAGUUAAUACGGCGAUCCAGUUCCCGGAGAAACUGGAAAUGUCGGGUUAUCUCAACUCUCCGCCAAACACACAUGUUUAUAAUUUAGUCGCGAUUUUGAGCCACAAAGGAAGUUCGACGGACUCGGGCCAUUAUAUUGCAACUAUUUGCAAUUCGAGUGGAGAUUGGUAUCAAUAUAAUGACGCGAAAGUCGAGAAAAUUGCGAGGGAAGACAUCAACGAAAAUACAAAAGCGACAAAGCCGAGAGUGAAAGGAGAAUAUUUAUCAAAUGCGGCAUAUAUGCUAGUUUAUAAAAAAUUACCGCCGAAUUCUCAGUUGGGGUCGAAAAGGAAAGGGCAAACAGUUGUUCAGAUUUUAGGUAAUGCGGAGGCUACUUCGUUGAAAAAAAUUAGGAAUAGUAAUGGAGAGGCGGAAGUGGUGGAAGAAAUUCAGCAGAGCUCGAUUGGAAAUGGAGUUUCGAUCUUAAAUGGUGCUGUGCACUUAAAAAGGAGCUGCGAGGAAACGGACAAACAGGAAGAGUUGGAGUUUGACAAGUGGGGAGUAAACCAAAAAAUCCGUGAAAUCGUCAGAGCCGAAAAUGUCGACCACGAGUUAAAAAUACUCGAUGUUCAGGAACAGAAGCGAAAAGUCGUAGGUGAUCAAAACGUGAAACGGCAAUUGGUGAUCGAUAUCUACAACUCUUUUCACGAUAGAACAUCAUUUCAUGAACACACGUGGAUUCCGACGGAUUGGAUUACAAAAUGGCUAGGUUCUUCGUCAACGUUAGUUUCUCCAAUUGAUGUUUCGUCCCUCCAAUGUUGUCACGGAAAUAUGGACCCGGCGAAGGUUAAUAAAGCGAAAUGUUUUCCGAAGGAUGUCGCUAAUAUUCUUUAUGACAAUUACGGAGGCGAUGUUCGACUCGACGAAUCCUCGCUUUGCCGCCCUUGCGUUGAACGCAAAUGCACUGCUCAAAGGUUUAAAGCCGGACUGGAAAAGGACGUCAAGGAAGUGGGGGAAUUGAUUCGUGCUUUAAAAACCACGUCAGACGAAUGUUACAUUGUGGGGGCGGAAUCUUUGAAAUGCUGGCGAAGGCUCGCCCUGGAACAAUUCAACGAAGAUCUGAACGAGAAAUUCAAUACUGAGCAGCACUCAAAUCUUCAAAAUGGACAGGAAGAUAAAUCGAAUGAGGAGGAGGACGAAGAAGACGAUAUUUUAAAUUUCAAUGAAGACCUGCUUUGUGAACACAAUCGUCUUCGCACUCCCGAUUCUUCAAGGAAAAUUGUUCCAGGAGAAGUCUGGGAAAUUCUCCGGAAAUAUUUUCCUGAUGCGAGGGAAUUUGGAAUUAAUAGCAGUCCUUGUCAUAUUUGCGAGGCGAGUUUAGAGACUGUGCAAAAGUCGAAGGAAGAGGACAAAGUGAAGGCCAGAGAACAAAAAAGUGCAUUGAAAAAUUUGUAUUAUGGCAAACAUAGAAACGAGCUUCAAAAAUGCACCGACCCCUCGACUCUUUUUUUUCUCGUCGAGAAGAAUUUUUUGAACAGUUGGCAUUCCUUCAUACGAUACGCUGAAACGUAUAAAAAGUCACCGCCAGUGGGAAUCAGGAACUCCGUCUUGAUUUGUGAGGAACACAAAGGACUUUUGUAUACACUUCCGCCAUCGGAGACUGAUGGUUACGCCAUUGUCAAUGCCGAGGAGUGGGUAAAAUUGCAGGAAUUUUACAACGUCGAUUGCACAAUCUCAGUUCGAAAAGAUGGAAUUUCGUACAAAACUGAUCCCGAGGUCUGCAUGGAUUGUUUUGUUCAAAGGCUAGAAAGGGAACGUCAAGCUAGUCUCACUUACGAGAGAGCGACAAUUUAUAUUAAAUGCAUCGAAGAUGCCGAACCAAUCAAGACCCCAAAUGCCGAGAGUUCGUCGAGAAAAAGGCCAACUAGGGCGAGAAGAAAUAUACAAGGAUCGCAUGAACUAAAAGUUUCCUCGGGACUUACGUUGAAGGAACUGAAAGUUAUGAUGAUGCCAAUUUUUGGAGCUGGACCAUUCGAUCAGCAUUUAAUGCUCGAUGGACACGAGCUGCAGAACGACUCCGAAACUCUGAGUGCUUUGGGCAUCUUUCCCGAAACUCUGCUCACCUUAAAGAUUGACGUACCAGUCGAUAUUGAGGACGAAAGUGCCGAACCCGGCAGCGAAUCUACAAUUCCCGAAAAAGGUUUUAAAGGAACUGAGUUGGUUCACAGUUGAUGUGCAUUGCCCGAGACAUCACAAUCAAUCUCAAUACUGUUGUAAAUGACCUCCAUAGAAAAGUGGAAUUAGAAUCAUAUUUUUCUACGAUUUUCCAAUAAAAAAAUAUUAUCAAGGUGCCCACCUUAAAUAGGAAAAGGAUUGACUGAAUGAAAAAAAAACGCAUGAAAAAAACGCAGUGUGUAUGUGCGAUUAUUCUAAUAUUAUUUCAUCGAAUAUGUGAAUCAGAGAGACUGUCCAUCAAUUACUUUAAUUUAUUCUUACGAUUAAUCUCCAAUCGCUCCCAAAAAAGGAACCAGACACCUUGACUUUGGCUCGACUGUAAAUAAUCUUAGAACUAUUUUCAACCCAAAUUUUUCUUCAAUCAUUACAAUUUUCUCUGCUAGUUUUUUUUUUUUUUAAUAUUUAGAAUAUAAUUUCUUCAGUUGAAGAAUCCAUUAAGUGUGUCUCCGGGGCCAAAUUCGAGUUUUGAUAAAGCAAUGACUUUGAUGAUUAGCAUUAAGAUCUCUCGACAAACCGGACAAGUUCGGUCGAAAUUUAAGAUUGCUCACGGAGUAUGAAUGGAGAAUUAUGGGAGACUUGAUUUGAAAUGUUUUUCAUUUUCUAGUGAAAUGCCAGUCCUUGCGGAUUGGCCAGGUUCGAAAUCUACUUUCUAAGUAUAUGGGAUAAGAAUCGGUUGUUUUUAGAUAGUUGGAGCGUUUUAGAGCUAAAGUUUAUUUAUUCCUCGUUGAGAGGGUGAAAUAAAAAGAGAAGAUUUUAUACCUA